AUGACCUUUUACAUGCAGAACCCUCUCGUAUUGAACCCAGAAUAUUCUCCUCUACCAUAUGCCUUUGCUGACGCCGCGCUGCUCCACGCUCUUUUCGCGCUCACAAGUCUGUACCGUGAUCUUAGCGUCGGAACGAAGAUCACUCCGCUUUGUCUCAUGCAUAAAGGCGAGAUGCUGAGGAUAAUAAAUGAACGGAUUACAAAGACGCCAUUGCAACUUAGCGAUGGAACCAUCGGUGCUGUAACUGCAUUGGCGACAUUUGACGCAAGUCACUCUGUUAAUUUGCUUGGAAGAGCGCUAACAUCGGUGAUUAGUUACUGGAUGGCCGACUACAAAACGCUCGUUGGAAUCUUCGAGGGCUUCAACGCAUGGUGGUUCAAAGAGGUGGCUUACAAAUUGUUGGAAAAGAAGCCCGGCAGGUUUGUGGAACAUCGUUAUUGCAAAGGGCUAUAUGCUGGUAAGAACCUGAAGCCUGCUCCAACAUGA